AUGUCGUCGAUACGCGUGGUCUUCUUCUGGACGAUGACCAGGUCUCGCGAAUCGCCUCACGACGGUGGUUCAGACCACCAGGUGCGUGAAAUCCACUUAAUAUUUUCACCAUGUUCGGUUCUCUUUACUACGCGUGUACCGCCGUACCGCCGUACCGCUGCUCUACCCAACGAUGAAUUCUCUCCUCGAUAGAUCAGAAUUGUGAGAAACCACUACCCCUGAGUCCAACUGGCGAGAACGCUCGUAUCCUCGGUACCGACAGCCAUAAAUUACAGUUGAUGAAAGCCAGUUUUUUCGACGGUAGCGACGAAGAGAUUGCUGGCGAGGUCUACGAUCGAGGCAAGUCCCGAGAUUCUGUUCAGAUUCAUCGCGUUUGUUUGUCGUCCAAUGAUUUCGUUCAUCGAAACGCCGUUCACUGAAAUACUUUUGUCAAUUUAGAAUCAAAUUGCGCGUUCUAUCUCUCUGGCCGUAAAAAUUCUUCGCGACAUUUCCUCGUCAACGGUGUGCAAAAGUUGUUAGACGAGGAUCAACAACAACAACAACAACAACAACAACAACAACAACAAAACUACGAGCCAAUUUAUAGUCCAACGUUACGGUCAAAUUUGACGAUUCGUCGUCAAACGGCAACGAUUGCCUACGAAGAACCGACACUUUCCAAAAUAGAUUCCAAGUUGAAACGAUGUUCGACGAACGUCGUUGCCAAGACAUCGACAAUGUACGAGAAAGGUUUGCCAGAUCCGUCGAUAACUCCGGUGACUACAAUUCUUCGAUACGUUUCCGAAGUGAUUCCGUUGUCAAAGUCCGUUGUACGUAAACUGGAGUCUCGUUCCAUCGCUGACACUGGCAUACAAAUGGGAAGAAUGUUCAAACCGAGCUGGGGACGCGGUUUGACAUUACUCACAUUGAGUACGAAAAAACAGGCCGACGAUGUGCUGUUGAACAAUUCGUUCGAACAAAUCGGAUCUUACGUGUGCGGUCGUUCUCCGGAAGAUGCAACGUCCGUCGCGAUAGUCCAACGUAUACAAAUUUUGGGUAACGGCGGUAACGGAACCGGCGGCGACGAACGCGUUAAAACGUUCAAAGAAAGUAUAGAGGGACAUUUGAAAAUUCAAUUGUCGCAUCGCGUGGUAAAUCAAGAAGGAGACUGUUUAAUCUUCGACGUAGACAAAGACGUUAACAAGGCGAGCGUAGCUUUACACGCGCAUUGCAGUUUGGCCGAGGAAUUUGCGGAGCAGUUUGCCGCAGAUUCUUUCGCCUCGUACGUCGCCAACGUUUGGAAACUCUGCGCAGCUCUUUGGGGAACUCUGCCGGACGUGAACGUCGCCGCAGAAAAUCCAGACGAUCACAGCGUCGUAGUCGCUCGACGAGAGGCAAUCGGAGAAUGGUUGAGAAACGUUAUACGAAAGACGUUCGCCUGGCAGCAUACCGAUAUCAAUUAUGAAACAAAGAUGUUACUCUUACUAUCCGAGGCGUGUAAAAUCGCGCGAGAAGCGGGCGAUCACUGUUUGGCACUGUUGAUGGCGCAACUAUGCAGCGGAAUGCCUACGAAGGAAAUAAUAACGCAACAGAUUAAAUUGUGGAAACAUGCCGGUGUCGACGAGAAUAUCUCGCUAGAUCGAUUAAAGCUUUUCGCACUGGUGGCGGGUGAACCAUUCGUGCACACGAAACACGGCCCGAUCAACGUUUGCGAAGGCUUCGACUGGAAGAGAGCGUUGGCUGUUCAUUUGUGGUAUUUUUCAUCGCCGACUGCCUCGGUAAGAGAUACGUUAGAUCGUUACGAGACGUAUUUCGAGACGAGCAGCAAUACGGCGGCGUAUAUUUACACGACGUCGAUACCGAGACCCGAGUACAGAGGGGGGGACGACUUGGAACUGGAAACGAGCGAGAAUUGCAAACGAAUAUACGAUCUGUGUUUCCAUCUGUUGAAGUUAUUCUGCACCGGCAGUCAUACAUUGGGAGAGCUGUUGAAUCCAGCGACGCACACUGCCGAUCCCUUGGACUACAGACUCAGUUGGUUGAUGCAGCAAGUACUCUCGUCUUUGGGUUAUUCUCACCUUUCGGAACACGUUGCCAUCUUGACGCACGUUAAUUUCGCGACGCAGUUGGAGGCCUACGGUCUUUGGCACUGGGCCAUAUUCGUAAUGUUACAUCUGAAGGAUGCUGGAAAAAGGAAAACUGCGGUGACGAAUUUGUUACAACGUCACAUCGAGAUAGACGAUACCGGCGAUUCGAUCGAGCGAGAGAAAUUUUUACGGGAAGAGUUGGGUAUACCCUCCACUUGGAUCGAUCGUGCCAAAGCCGUGAAAAGUUACGUAGCCAAAAGAUACGGGAAAGCAGCUAUUUAUUUCAUCCGAGCGGAACAAUGGAACACAGCUCACGAAAUUAUCAUCGAACAUUUGGCAGCCGAUGUUAUAAUAAACGAUACUUCCGAGAAUUACGAUUAUCUGCGCGAUUUAUUGCGUCCGUUGACUCCUUUGGAAUGCAGCAGCACUAUAAGCGGUUGGACCUAUCAAGGACAAUUACUUUGGGAAUACAUGGAAAUAACUACAAACGUCGAAUCUUUGUUACGCAGUGCCGAUCCACGUGGAAUAAGUUCCAAACUGGAAUCAUUGAAACAGCGAUUGUCCAGUCUUCCCUCCAAAAUCAACCAAUUUCCAUGUCCAACUGCGAAGCAUAGGCUUUGUCAAGCUGAAAUUGCAAAGAGAACGUUGCAUCUAGCUAGAAGUUUGUUGCAAUCGAACGAGAACAAGUCCGCGUCGAUGUACCAACUGGUGUCUCAAUUACCAUUGCCGGAAGAUUAUACGCAACAAGAGCUUCGUUUCGUCGUUAACAUGCACGUAAAUGAAAUUAUAUAUUAGACGACGUAAUAUCGACACGUAAUUUCCCACGAGGAUCGACAGGCAAUUACAUUUAUACAGAAACAACAGCAGCUUUUCUCAUCUUUUUAUUUUAUCGGUGAUAUAAAUAAACGUAUCAGUAGUGGUAUCAUAUCGUGGCGUGAUAAUUUUAUCUUUCAUCGUUUCGCAAUUGUAACUUUUGUCGACGGUUAUUUACGAUAUUCGCGGCAACAGCGAAACCAACGGGUGAUCGAGUAUCGCCUAGCCGGACUAAUUACAACAGCGAAGAUAGUUAAGAUUUAUAAUCUCGAUAAUUAACAACGAAGGAUAUACACAAGUAUUGCACGUAUAUGCCGAUUCGUUGGUACUCAAGUUCUACCCUGUAUCCAUAGAAAUUAAGACAGUCUACGUUAUCUGCGUUAAACCAAUCGUAAGUAUAAAUAAAGAGCAGAGGACUAGAUAGACGACGUAGUCGUUAUUUCAGUUUUAGAUAUUUUAGAUAUUGGCGAUGAUGCUUCUCUCUCUUUACAGAGAACGACCAUCGACUCGAAAAUUUUAG